GCAUUUUGUGCUGCACACGCGUUUGAUUUGCAAACUGGUGGCCUUUUAUAUUCUAGAUGGGGUUGCAUAACAAAAAGGCACCCUUUACACAGAAAGUAUAAGAUUAUUUGCACGUGAAUUUGUCCUUUUUGAUAAGGUUUCUACACGCGAGCUACCCUGAUCAUGGUUUCUCUCUUUCUCUUACACGGACUCAUUUUCUAUUUCGCUCCAGCGUUGGGGGCAGAGAGAGCACGCCACCGACGGUUGGGGGCAGCAAGACCAUGUCGCUGGCCCAGCUGCUCCCGAAUCUGCUCGACACAGCGAUCGAGUCCAGUAUUGGCGCGGUAGGGCAGGACGUAUUGGCACUUGUCGGCAGCAGAUUCGGGGCAGUCAACAGGCAGGGACGACCCUCAGGCACCAGCAUGGACAAAGAGGCACCUACAGAGCAACCCCCCUGUGUUGGUAGAGUGUGCACGUUGGAGAAGACAAUCAACGAAUAUGCAGAGAAAAAGACUGAAACCGUCAUAGUGCCUGAGGUUGGGAGCAGCUUCGAUACGCUGGGAGAGGCAUAUGACUACUACAACCCGUAUUCAUGAGAAAUCAGUUUUGGGAUCAGGUAUGACAAGAGCAGGCUCAACGUUGAAAGGACCAAAUGCAAGGGGUGUGAAGAAUACCUGAGAAGCACAUUCUGAAAAGGUGGACAAAAGAUGCAAGGGAUGUGCUGCCAGACCACUUAGCGCACCUUCAGAAAGACAAAAUUUCACUUAACUCUUGUGACAUUUUGCUAUUUGAACCUGUACACACAUGCGAUGGAAGUCGUGUGGCUUGGUGAUGCAAAUACAACAGCUUAUAUGAAGUAGCAUUGGAGCAACUCACGUGAAAAAUG